AUGAAGGAGGAAUAAAACAAUCUAUUUGCAUCUUUUCGCGAUUUAUAGCAGCAUCACUGUUAUUCUUAUCUGAAUAAAUGACAACCGUCAGUCACUCGCAGCUCGGCUUCACGGUCCGUGGACUGCGAGCAGAACAACGCGCGAGGGCUGUACGUGUACGGGUCACGUGACGAGAAAACACUUUGUGAAGACAGAGAAGUUAGAGGACAAACCCCGGAUGACGGCGGAAAAUGGUGCACAGCCUCCCCCCCCCUCCACCUCCCUCCUGCUGCUACCUCCCUCCUCCUGCAAAUGAAAAGUCGUCUGCUCAUUGAUUAGCUUUCUGGAAGUUUAGGGCGGGCGCGGCGCGCGGGACUCGGCUCCCCCAGCUCCCCCUCCCCACCACAGCGACUACCGGACAAAUGAGAGGACACCACCAGCGCCUGCCCAACUUGCCAACGCCGACUGCAACAGCGGCGGGUGGUGGGAGGCAGCGGCGACGUUUUGCACGCAGCGUGCAGGCGGAGGGAGGGAGGGGCUGGAGGGGAGGGCAGGGAGGGGCUGGCGUGGAGGAUGCUGCUAAAGCCCGCUGCAAGGUGUGGCUAAGGCAGUCGCGCGGUGUUCACGGUGCACGUCCGUCCCCGCCACAACCCAGCGGCCAGCAGCCAGGCGCGUGCGCAGUCCCCGACUCACACCCGUCAUCACACGAGGUGGCUGUAGAUCACUUUCACCAUCUUCACAUUCACCGGCCUCCCAUCACAUUCGCCGGGACACCCUUCCACACCGGACAUCUUGGACCACAAGAGAUGCAAACUUGUUGAUGAGGUCUGAUGUUUGAGGAGAUCAUCGCCGGUCGUCGGUGAGAUGCUGAUGAUGAUGAUGACGACGACUUCAUGACGCUCACAUUUCUAGGAAGUUUCACUUUCACGUCUGACGGCGAUCACAGCGAACAACAAACUCUUCACACACUUUGACAAAAGUGAACGACGACCACCCGAUGCCGUGUGACUGACAAACUAUUUCAGGUGAGAGAUCCUCCCACCGUGCCCCCACAGACCCACACAGGCCCACACACUGCAGCCCACAAAACUUACAACUGACGCCGACGUCGUGGAAGUGAUACCUCCGCCCUCCUCCUCCCUCCUCUCCUCCUCUUCCCCUCGUCGCUGUCGUCAGUGGCAGACUCAACAGGCGUCGUGAGCUGCAGCAGCGACUGGCGCUGCCUCCCACUGUAGCAAGGUGUAGUGAUGAUGAUGGGUGGGCGUGGCUAGGCUAAUGAGCCGGACUGUCUUGAGGCUGUAGCAUCUCCCCAGUGAUAAGCUGCUGCGACAGCUGCUCGCGCCGACACUUCUGACGUUCCCUGACGCUCGUGACGUGCCCGUGGUUCUCGCCCUCCACAAGGCUCGCUAUGAAUGGAGUUCUCUGACGUCAGAUGACUGAGAUAGUUUCUACAUCCUUCACGACAGUCACCACAACAGACACACGUCGGCCGGUCACCAUGGCAACAGCUUGCUUCCUGCUGCUCCUGCUCCUGUCGUUGCGUGUGCAUGGCACGUGCCGAUUCCCAGAAUUCCUGCAGAGAGACGACCCCUGGGCGGCCAGCUACACGGAGGGGCGACUGGUGGUGUACGUCAAGGGAACCUACAUGUCCAUCAGCCAGCAGCACACCACCUACACACGCUCGUGUGACCGGAGUGUGCAGGACAACAAGUUCUUGGUGAUGCACAGGGAGGACAACAAAGCAGCCAAGUUUCUGUGUAUGCAGUUUAUCCAGCGCAGUCAAAACAUUGUGCAGAUGAAGGUGUCGCAGCUGUACACCCGCCAGACGCUGGAACUGUGCGACGACCAGAACAUGGCGCUGGACCGCUGGCCCAUCGUGCAGGUGUCGCAAACACCCGAGCAGAAGAUCACCUGUCCUUUCAUGGGUGGCUACAAUGUCAACAUGUUUACCCCAACGACACGGCCGUCUGCCCCGACCUCCUGCUGGUCAUGCGCAUGGAGAGCGAGUGCGAGGAAGAGGAGGGCAUCGUCUUCGACUUCCGGGAAAAACAAUGCGUGCCGUCGUCACUUCCGCCGACCAUAAAGCAACAGGUGUACUGCAUUGCCUACUGGACGCAGGCCAGCCACUCGUUCAUCAUCCUGCAGCACGCCACAGUGCCCAAGCACACCUGGUGCCUGCGCAUCAAGGACCCCCUGUCGGACAUCCACAGCGCCUACCUGAUGCUUGACCUGGUGUGCGACACCAGCCUCACCAUCCGCGACACCGGCAACUUCUUCCGCCUCAGCCUCACGCGCCGGGUGUACGCCAGCACGUGCGAGGACGACAUGGAGAGCGAUGUGUGCCGCAGUAUGUCCAACUCCAACCUGUGCAAGAUGCACCACAGUCGCCACUGCGCGCGGACCUGCAACCUGUGCAAGUCGGAGAACGAGAUGGGAGGGUGCGCCUUCGAGGAGCAGUACCGCGGUCAGUGGGUGGAGAGCGGCAACAAGGAGGAUCAUCGCCUCGUCGUCAACGCCUACUCGCUGGACAUCGCCGUGCUGGGCACCUUCGACUGUCUUCGCCUGGAGAGUCGCGCGCACAAGGAAAAGCAAAUCCUGGUGCGGUUUGACGACAAGGGCUGCUACCCCCGCUACGCAUGCGUGGAGAUGGCGAAGGUGACAACGUCAGUGAUGCGUUUCCGCCUGGGCAACCGCCACCAGUGGCCGCUGCACGACCACCACGACAAGCACGACAAACACGACAAGAAGGAGCAGGUGUGCUCCCCCAGCAACUUCCUCUCGCCCUCCGCCAUCGAAAACAUCCCCUCGGAGCCUCGACCCGCGCGCCUCCUCGUCAGCGAGUCGUACGUGCACCAGGUGUCGUGCAACCUGCCCCCGCGCCUGCAGCACGGCGUGGCCUUCAGGGAGGAAGGCCGCAAGUGCAGCGGGUGCCUGAUGUACCAGCCAGUCAGCGCCCCCGACAAGUUCACGGUGCAGCCGUUCAACUGCACACCCGAGGACAACGCCCGCGAGCGCUACAACCGCACCGCCAUCAGCACCCUGGAGUACAGCUGCCUGGCCUCCAUGACCUUCGACAACAACACCUACGCCGUGGUGACCAAGACAUUCACCCCGAGUCCGCUGGGCCAGUACCUGUGCUGGGUCUUCACACCCGACAACCAGAUCAAGGUCCUGAAAGCCGGCGAGUCGUUCCGCCUGGAGGACGACCCGCUGUACGUGCAGGACAUCCUGGAGGCGCAGUUCUCCAUCGUCAACGAUGUCGGCGGCAAGUGCCGGUCCACGGCUCCCAUCCGUCCCACCACCAGAUCCCCGCUCGUCCUCUCCCCAAACCCGAUCCCCACAACCCCGGCCAACUCGGACCCUCAUCGGGGUGUGACGUACGGCAUCAGCUCCCCGGCACCCAACACCCAGAUUUUUUCCCCGUCUCCCCAGUUGUGGAUAGAACCUUGAAGAGCGCGGGCGCUAACUCUGCCUCUCUGACACAGUUAUGUGCCCUUGUCUUGCUGUUAGUAACGUUUUCACUCGUGCAGACCGAGCAGUGAAGAGACAGAACCUCCACAUCCUCCCCUGCUCUGCUUUGAGUACCAUUUUCAACAAAUGUUUCUCUUUUUUUCUGAAAUUCUUCGAGAUCGGCUUCCGCUACAGUUGGAGACCCCGGCCAGAGCAGACGACAUGUCUCAACCUGUCCUCGUCUUCACCAAUCUGUCUUUUUCCUCCAGAACAUCAAAGUGUGGGGACGGCGAAGGUGCAGUGGAGGCUCCCAAUAAAAACAGGAACUGCGCCAGCACACAGGGGACCUCGUGCGAUCCUCAUCUCGCAGCCUCAAUCAUUGAUGGAGUCGAAUUACUACGCCGCACUGCGCAUGGGCACAGGAGGACGGAAAUGAGUGGUGCGCCGCAGACGGCAGAGCCCAGAGUCCGGACGCAUGACGAAUGACACAGAGCUGGUGCUGCGGGCCACACAUACAUCCUGCCAGUCCCCCGAACACGUGUUUGUCUGGCAGUGGACUCAUACAACAUCAAACACAGACAGCCCACCACGCCAUGGCUCCCGGCGCUUGUCUGGCACUCACCAAUCUUCAUGAGGCUGGUCAGGGGUGGGGAUGCUCAGCAUCAUCCACCCCACCCUACCCCACCUUGCUUAUCAUCUCCAUCCAAACGUCUGCCAGCGACACUCCAGCUCUCGGCUUAUCUCUCCAGUGUCCUCGACAGGUCCCGCGCGUCGAGAGGGUCCGCAAAGAUUAUUUAUUUAUAUUUAAUUACAGAAACUUUUAUUUAUUAACGGCUUCAAUUUUAGGAAAGAUUUUGGGGACGUUUCCUGCUCAUCUUUUUAUUUAUUCAAUUUCGGUGUGUGUGCGGCUGCCAGCUUUGUCGGCGAACUUUCUCAGUUCACUUCGGUCUCUCGUGUCUCUGGGUGCGUGCGCUGGCAACAGGCUGUGGGUUUAUCUCAGUGACAGCUUACUGCAUACAGUAUUCACACCAUAUUGAAACACAAUGCUUUGCGCUGUUGUACACAAUAGUUCUGUCCUUUUCCAUGAAUAUCGCUCAUUUUUAAAUAUUAAAUCCGGAAAUAUCUGGCUGAAAGUAUUAUGCUGGACAAAGGGUGUUGGAGGUCGAAUGUGUAAUUUAUGACGAGAGGGUGGUAACUGCAGACACACACCCCAGCCCCAUCCUUCAUUCCACCCGUUUGAAAGACAGAAGGAGAGCCGUGUAUGAUGGUGAACAUGGCGGUCAGUUCCGGUCUGCAGGCUGUGGACUGCGUGUGUGUGUGAGGUGGGGGAGGAGAGGAAGCAGCCUCCACUACUACAAGAUGUUAUUGACUACAGUCUGUAAUCACUUCUCGUGUUUCCCGGCUCCUGGAGUCAGACCUGCCGUUGACUAACCCUCCUCCUCCCCUCCACACACACAUUCCACUUCUCAGCCUCCCUGUGGCACACACCAGGCCUGGCAGUCUGGAGAACCAGUCUUGGGUUUUCAUAAAGCGAGGAAGAAAAGAAGGAAGAAGAAAAGCAGGCAAGUUUCGUCUGUCCCUCGUUUCAUGUGAGGCCUGUCUCUCAGUGUCGAGGGCGACACCCUGCCUGCAGGUCUUGUGGUGCCUGCACAUCAAAGGGAUGGCAGAUGCCGCGGCACAAACGGCAAUCAGAGGCUGGCAGGACGGGAGGGACCGUCGAGUGCAGACUCCCCGUGAAGCCAAACUCUACCGAGUGUUCGACUGUUCACCGAGAGAAGCGGUGCAGGUGACUUGACAGACUCAGCAUCACCUGCAUGAAAUCAUCAGAGGCUGAUGACAAAUCGUCGUCAGGUGAGACAGCGAUGAUCUGCUCCUGUUUCCGCCUGGGUGUGGGGCCAGCAGACGGCGCUACCCGCUGACCUCGUGUUGACCUGCGCUGUAAACACAACAAUGAACUCUUGAGAUGGAUGUUCCUUGUAAUUAUUGUCCCUCUCUCAAACUGACCUCUCGGCCACUGUUGUUACGAUCACCUGUGAUUACCUGAGGGGUGUGUGCUGUGUACGAGAGGUGGUGUAUCUCACUGAGUGUAUUCAGCAAUGACAUUUCUCUAUUAUUACUAUUAUUACUUAUUAUUCUUCAUGAAGGCGCUUGUCCAAUAUUCAAUCACGUGUGCAUUUAUUAUUUCGUAUGUAGUUACUUGACCUCUGUUACGUACAGUUAAAUGUUGACUUUUGACUGACAACAGAUGACGUCACAAAAAACUGUGCGACUUGACCUUACAAUACACUUGACCUAUGAACUCUGUUACCUGUGUCCCCAAGUUCAGAUGGUUCUGUGAUGUGUACAGUUUCCCAUGAUUGAGUAUGUAAAUAGUUUUCUGCUUCUGUAGACUGCGAACUAGCGUCACUACAGUAGACAUUGUUUGUUUGUUUGUUUUGUUUACUGUUAGAUGUUGAUGUGUGCAGUGUGUCUAUGUCUGCAAUGUCAACUCACACAAUUCAGUUGCGCUCUACUCUUCUCCUACCUUUCCCACCCUCCCCACCUGUGUUCACCUGAACCUUGCUACGCCCUCGGUUCAAUCAGUUCGCAGGUGAGUUUUGUUCAGCCUGCGAGCUAAUAAAAAACCGUUUCUUGGCAAUUUUAUUGGUGAUACUGUCCAUAGGCUUCAGACAAUUUAAUCGUUAUUGUUCUCGGUUUUCUAGUUAUUUCUUCUUCUUUCUCCUCCUCCUCCUCCUCCCUCCUCCUCCUCUGUGGAGUUUGUCCACCGCUGUCCAAAUAUGGAAGACGUGCCGAGACAUUUGUUGUCAUCCUGUUGUUUCCAGAAGAAGAUAAACAUUGUGGGUGUGAACUACUGGCGCUGGUCAGUGAUUGUGUAAUGUGGGUUGAGACAUCCCUCCACGCGGGGGAGCACUGACAAAAAGUAUCUACGAAGCGAGGGAGGGAGUGGGGAGGGAAGCUGGGGGAGUGCGGGGCGGACCUGGUCUUGUGAGGAAACAGACCAAAGCAAAAAAACAUUUCACGUUCGUGGCUGUGGGUUGUGUCUUCAAUAUUGUUUCCCUCCAGGAAUCCGGCGAGAGACGAGACCAGCAGACAGAGGAGGCAAAUGAAGGAUAGGAGGGAAGAUGAAAGGUGCAUGCCAAUAGAUGGCGCUCUGUAAACGGCAAGAACAGGUCACGUGACUGACUGGGGCCGACCCAGUGCCGACUGCAUGUGUGCUUUCGCUGCCCUCUGGGAGGGGAUGGCGGCCUGGGAGGGAGAGGAAGCUGGGACUGGCAUCAGGGCCCACAUCGAUUGGACAAAAUGGAACCAAUAGGGCGUCCCUUUUUUUGGUGGGAGGGGAGAGGGGCUAGGGGCGAGGGGCGAGGGGCGAGGGGCGAGGGCGAGGGCGGGUGUGGGCUCUUUGAAGUUUCGGACCGUCUUUUUUCGCUCACAAUGUUUACUCACACCAGAGGGCUGCACACCCAGAGGUUUGCCCACCGUGUGUCUGUCUGACUGGGCGCGUGCGUGCGCGCGAGGUGGGAUGUGACAGCAGGGCCCUGAUGCAUCCGUGGGUAUUGUGAGGAUGUCACAGGGCGGUAAGGAAACACGUUCCGCACGACUGAGCUCACCAACAUCAAAGUCCUGCACGAGUGAACACGACUUUGAAAUGACUUCAUAGAACAUGUAUUCAUGGGAUGUGUAAGAGCACGCGCAACGCACGCGCUCCUGCAUGCAGGCUUCAUGCUAGUCACGGACUUCUCUCCUGUCUCAGCUCAAGUUGUUGAACUAGAAGAAGACAGGAGGUGCAGUUCAGUGUUCAGUUGUUCAAGCUGUCAUCAUGGACUAGAGUAGACGCAAUGGUCCUCGCUCCACAUUGUCCUCAUGUAUUGUUGCUGAUUAAUUCUUGCUUACUAUUACUUAAUAAUUACUAAAUAAUUAUUAAAAGUGCGUGCAGCUGCGUGUUUUAUUUGCAGCUGUUGUCUUGACAACUGUUGUGUGACCGCAGGAUGCACAGAAGACGGAUCCAUACUUUUUUUGGUUUGUUUUUGCAGCUGCGGCUUAUUGUUGUUAUGUGAUUUCUGUUAUAAUAUGUUACAGCUAACAGGUCUUGUGACGUAGUCAUUGUAUACUUUUUCAUGUUAUGAUUCUUGUGAUCUGCUCAUAGUUCUUAUGAACCCUUGAAGCUCAUGCGUUUUGGUAUGAUGCUCCAUUAUUUUAUGUCACGUGUAACACUUCAUAUCCGUAGUUACUGCUUUUGUCAGACUUUGGCUUGAAGCUGCCUGCCUGUGUAAUGCGUUACAGCUCACAUGUCAUGCAGUGAGUUACAGCACUCCAAGUUAUUACUGAGAUGUUAUGCUCCUUCUUGAUGUAGUCCGGCUAAAAAUAGUGUCAGCAAAGCACACAUACACACACACACGCAUAUAUAUAAAUACACAACGGCACUCAGCGUAGGUUUCACACACCAGCCAAUCAGUCACGUGAUUACAGAGACGAGGACUUGCAGCCAUGAAGGUAGAAAAAAGAAACAGAAAAUAGGGGCUGAGGGGUUAGCACGCGAGAAUAUCUGUGUGUGUGUGUUAGAGAUACAGGAAGUAAACUUUUGUAUUAUUUGAUGUCCCCUACGUCACCGUUGUACGAUGUAGUUUGAUUGGUUUUCUCGCCGGUCCUGUUGCCACGCGCCGCGUGCUGUUGCGACAACGCAGAGGGCAGGUGGUCGGCGAGACGAGGACGUGGAGGAGGUAGAGAGGAGGUCGGGGGUCGGGGAGUAGAGGCUGUCAGAAGAUCACUGAAGCUGAAAAAGAAGCCGGUGCCAGACCCGAUGUGGUCAAUGAGACGGUUGGUUCAAGAACAAGGCGCGUGCAAUGGCCUGCUGCUCGCUGCAUCUCGGGGGCUGUGCUGCUGUUGCAGUUCUGGAGCAGGAGUUGUCGUGCUGCACGAUGGGCUGGAACAAAGGGCUUGCUGUCUGCACGACCCGCCAUGACAGUGAUCACAGGACCCGCCAUGACAGUGUCAUCAAGUCACGUGUCGUUUGACGUCAUCGCGAAAGUUUUCAAAAGUUACCGUUAGUCCAUUAUUUCUGAGCCUGGAGAGUAGCACUCAGUGCACGCAGCAGCAACUGAAAUGAAAGCAUCUUGCUUCUUCACCUUUCUCUUUUCUUCUGUCAGUCUGUUUCAAGUGUGAUGCUGGGGGCUUGUGGGUAGUCAGAGCUGCCCAGUCCGACCAGUCUAACAAUAUGUGUUUGUAUGUGAGUGAGUGUGUACACCUGUAAACAUGUUGCUGCUCAGUUUGCGCCGUCAGGUGUAGCGAGGGAAGCGGGGGACAGAAGGACCUACACUGAAGAUCUCUUUAUGUCCAACAAAACAUCGGAUAGAAGCAGGUAUCAAGGGUGGUAGUCGGUUAACUCGUUUCCUCUCUCCUACUCUGUUUUAUCAAUAUCUCAGUCUCGGACAUGACGUCACAGUCUUCAUCCAAUCAGCUGUCAGGUCUCUAGUGUCCCGUAAUUAACUCACGAGCAUCAAGGCCACUGUGUGAACUCAUUGAACCUGCAGUCCAACGGCACAUGUGGACCUUCACAAACACAGAUUUACGUGGACCGUUGCAGGACGUGACCCUGUGAUGACCAGGAUGUAGCCAAGGCCCGUAACUGCUGGGAAACACGCUUUCAUGUUGUUGUUGUUGUUGUUGUUGUUGUUGUUGUUGUUGUUGUUGUUGUUGUUGUUUUUGUUUUCUCUAGUGUCGUAAGUGGAGUGAAGUUGUUGCCAUGCUGUAUUUUGUUUAAAUUUUAAAGCUCUUGAACCUGUUGUUACCCUAAAUAGUUGAUGACACCAUGUUGGUGAUGUGAUCACUCAGCCCUCCACACCUUGUUACGACUACAACAUCCACAGGAAAUGUAGUCUGCGCCGUCAGUCUCCUGGGAAAGUUCGCCAUCGGUUAUGUUAGCUAUUCAAGCAAGGACGUGUCGUUACAGUGACGAUGACCAACUUUAUUAAUCCCAGUGGGCAAUCACACUCAGAAAAUGCGCAGGUACAGAAAAAAACAAAACCAUAAACAAAACAAGUGUUCAUUACAAGAUAAAGAUGAGGACAGCUAAGUAUACGGUUGUACAUCAUAGAAAAAAAAAAAAACUACAAUCUAUCCUAGACCGUUCUGACGACUCACCCACACACAAACAACUGUCAAUUCAUCUCUAAUUGAGUAGCUGGCUAGCUGAGACAACAGAUGUCAAGUGCCUGUCACUUGUGUAUACAGGUAUAGCCUACCACAGACCUGAGCUCAAUAAACAAACGGUCCUGCUAGUACCUCUGUAUGGACACAAUGCUUGCUAACAGUUUGCUGAUCACAAAGGGAAGCGAACUCCCUCUGCCUGACACCAACCAUCUUAAAACACAGACUGACAAAGCUGUUCACAGCAUCCUCAUCACUGGACAGCAGACCUCGGAGCCAGCUCACAGGAACAAGACUUUCAGUCAACGACUGAUAAACUGAUAAACACGACUCGGAACUACUUUCUUGCCUCAAACACUGCUCACCCUUUGCUGGCCACAGUUCUCUCAAUGUUUACACCAACUCACCUGGGCAGUCAAACACUGACUGGGUACCCGCAGGUGUCGACCAUCUCAACAGAUUUCUGGUGCUGAGUGUCAACAGUGAGUACAUGGCCAUUGCUGGGUGAGUCCAAUGAGUAAACUCCUUCAUUGCUGCAGUUGGACAACUUCGCUGAAUCUGUGAGUUCGACAGAUGGGUGAGAUGGAUGUCUUACAUUCAUUGCCUCUUUGUGGAGUUCUACAACUGGGUGAGAUGGAUGUUCAACAUUCUUUCCCUCUUUGUGGAAGUUCGCUGUGUGUCCUGGCGACAUGUUCUCCUCAAACAAUUUCAACUCGUCCGUUGUACGGUGGUUACAGCAGACAAUCCUUAUACACUUCUUGUUGGCACAUUCUUUGGACAUGAUGUUACUGGACAUUUUGCUGUUUACAAUAUUUAUACGCAGUUAUAGUCCUCCUGGCUGUAGAGUUUACUGUUCGUUGUCAGGUUGUAGCACCUGUCGGUAGCCAUGUAGUCCUGUUUCUCGCUGAUAGUCGUGAUGUCCAUUUACACCUGUCUACUUCAUAUUAAUCGUUUUCAUUUUGAGAGCUGCAACAGGCUUUGUCCUUUCUUAAUGUGUGUGUGUGUGUGUGUGUGUUUGUGUGUUGUGUGUGUGUGUGUGUAAGAGAGAGAGAUGAAUAUGCUCCGAUGUGAUCAGCUUGUAUGUGUGAUGAGAUAAACAAGCCGUUGGGCGUCUGAUUGUUUCUUCAAAGUGCAUGUCACUGUGUGCUUGGGAAGUGACAGACCCAGGAUGAAAUAUUAAACUAUUUUAUAUUGAA